GAAAAAGCCACAUUUAGCAUGAAAGAUUGCGGAGAAUGGAUACUGAAAUGACUAGAUUGCUCUCAUCGCAGAGAAGCCACCGGAGCCGCCAGGAAUGAAGUGAUCUUACAAGAUCCAGCAAUAAUGAAGAAAAAGUUGUUUCCAAUCUCCAAGAAGGCAAAACCUAAAAAGGAAUUUGCAUUGACUUUAUACAAAUGUGAGAGGAUUAUUGAAAACAAUCCAACAGAGUAUGAUAGUUUCAGACCAAGAUUAAGUAAACUAAGUCCGUAUAAAGAGUCAAAUGAGAAGGUGCUAACUUCCUUGCAAAAGACUCCGUCCUUGUCAACAUUUUCUGAACUAGAGUACACCCCUGAGAAAGGAGAUGAAAAUUAUUACAGGUUUCAUUGCUCAGUCUGUUUCAAGUAUUUCUCGAACAUCCUAAGGUCUCAGUGCUGUAAGAAUUAUUUCUGAAGGGACUGAUAUCACUCCUUAAAGGAAGACAUCAAGGCUAAAAGUUCAGGAGGAGGUGUUAGAUGUAUCUUCUGAGGUAAACUUCCUCUUGCACUUGAGCAGAUAGACCCAGACAGUCCAGUAAAGAAUUAUAAAAACGCUCCUUUAAAAAUUCUUCAAGGAAAGUUGUCUCCCAAUGAGCUAGCUGAAGAUACACAAAAUUUUGAGCUCCAUGGCGAGCCUCCUCACUGCAGUGAAGAACUUAAGCUAGGAAAUAAUGAUAGCUAUAUGAUGACACCAUUGACAAAAGAAGAUGAUGGGCUGCUUAAAAGAUCAACUAUAAGAAUGAAUUACUCGGUGCCAAAGAACCCAUUCAAAGAAUUUAUUGACUCUUUUCUGGGAGGAAAGUCCAGUACCAAUUACUCAAGCUGUAAAGGCAGCUUCAUCACCACUGAUAAGAAGAAGGCCAAAAAGGUACCACUGAUGCCUUCAAUGGAAUAUGAGCAAAAAUUUGAAACCAAGCAGAAUGAGUAUUCUGGAUAUUCUAAAAGAAAGCAUAACAAAGGACUUAGAUCUAAGAUUAUGAGGGACUCUGUCAAGCCUAAGAAGUAUUCUCCUCAAGCCAUACGAAUGUCUGGUCUUCCUUUAAGGAGCUCUCUCACUAAACUGAGAAGUAGCAGAAAGAUCAAGUAUUAUUAA